GCGGCUCUGGCUCUGCGCGCUCGGCUGGGCGGCUCCGGUCUGGAAGCGUUUCCGCCGCGCCUGUACCUGGAGAGGGACGGCCGGGCUCGCGAGCGGCGUCUCCCAGCGUGGCUGUUCCGCAGCGGCGAUGCGGGGCUGCUGGGAGAGGCUUGCACCGAGCCUGUGGGUGAAAAUUGUGUAUAACUGGUCGUAUGUAAAAACUGAAAGUGUUUGGUGUCCGUGUGCACCACCGGCCUGCCCUGCUGUGUUACAGAGCCCUUAGAGUCAGGAGCCUCCGAAACCCUGCACGGAACCGGGGGUUGGAUUAUGGAACUGAGUCUGUCUCACAUGCAAAGCUUUCCUUUCCUUUUCUCACCCAAUCCUUUGUGCUUUCAUAGUAGAUGGGAAAAAUAAAUUUAAAAAAUACAUAAAUUUUACCCUUCCCCAGCUGCUUCGUUAUCCCUUGGAUGCCGCCUUUAUUCAAUAUAAUACUAUGGUCAGCUCUGAUGCACUUGGGGUUUUUUUAAAAAUUAUCAGCUUACCUUAAAUCCUAGACAGUUUUCUCCAACCUGGAGUCAGUUUUGCAGUUUUUUCCUCUUUAUAAUCAAGCUGAUCUGAGCUCUAGAAAUACAAAUUAGUUUUAAUAUUACCUAAAAUUAGGAUAAAUUUCCUACAGAAGCAUCAUAUUGUGCGGCCUAAUAGGAAAAUGUUUAGAGGCUUCUGCCCGACUGUUUGCACUAGCAUAGUACAUCUAGUUUAACAAGGUCUUUAAAACAAAGUGGUUUGGCAGUUAUUUGUGUUAUUAUAGAUCAUAACCAUCUUAUAAACAAACCAGUGCUGUUUUGUUUUAGCAGCAAAUCACACAUAGCAGAGGUCUCUAUAUCUUAACAUGGAGGCAGACUUCUGGUUCAUUUUCAUGUUAGCAAAAUGAGUUUCCUCCAAGUUAAUCAAUCAAAACUGGCCAGUAUCAGAACUGACACUGAAAGUAUAAGGGGAAAGGCAAAGGGAGAAGCUUCUGCUCCUGUUGAUAACUCUUGAUUUUCUCCACUAGGAAGAAGUCCCCAAGGAGACUUUGCCAUAGGAGUUCACAGAAAUAUUGAAAUGUCAGGUUCCACGCCAUUUAAGAUGAGAUUAGUUCAUUUAGACCUUAAAGGAGCUCCACCAAAGGUCUCGUACCUCUCAGAGAUUUUUCCUCUGUUCCGUGCACUAGGUGCAAACGGCCUCCUCAUUGAGUAUGAAGACAUGUUUCCCUACGAGGGCCCUCUGAGGCUGCUGAGGGCCAAGUACGCCUACAGCCCCUCUGAAAUCAAAGAGAUCCUGCAUCUGGCUGGACUCAAUGAGCUGGAGGUGAUUCCUUUGGUGCAGACAUUUGGACACAUGGAGUUUGUGCUGAAGCACGCGGCCUUCGCCCACCUGCGGGAGGUGGGCCCCUUCCCCUGCACCCUGAACCCCCACGAGGCGGAGUCCCUGGCGCUGGUGGGCACCAUGAUCGACCAGGUCCUGGAGCUGCACCCAGGCGCCCAGCGGCUGCACGUCGGGUGUGAUGAGGUCUAUUACCUCGGAGAGGGGGAGGCCUCGCGCCGGUGGCUACAGCAAGAGCAGAACAGCACAGGGAAGCUGUGCCUGUCACACAUGCGGGCGGUGGCCAGCCGCGUGAAGGCCCGGCGCCCCGGCGUAACACCCCUGGUGUGGGAUGACGUGCUCAGAGACCUGCCUGAGGACCAGCUCGCAGCGUCCGGGGUGCCGCAGCUGGUGGAGCCGGUGCUCUGGGACUACGCGGCCGACCUGGAUGUGCACGGCAAGGUCCUCCUCAUGCAGAAGUACCGGCGGUGCGGCUUUCUGCGGCUGUGGGCAGCCAGUGCCUUCAAGGGUGCCACAGGGCCCAGCCAGGCCAUGCCCCCUGUCGAGCACCACCUCAGGAACCACGUGCAGUGGCUGCAGGUGGCGGGCAGCGGGCCCACAGACUCACUGCAGGGUAUCAUCCUGACCGGCUGGCAGAGGUACGACCACUACUCUGUGCUGUGCGAGCUGCUCCCUGCAGGAGUCCCGUCCCUGGCCGCCUGUCUGCAGUUGCUUCUACGCGGAGGAUUUGAUGAAGAUGUUAAAGCGAAAGUGGAGAACCUUCUCGGGAUUUCCAGCCUGGAAAUAACGGACCCUGUUAGGCAAGCACCCUGCAGCCCUCCCCGUCCCCUUCCUCCCUUCCCCUCCCCCCACCCCUGGAGACAGCUGUUCUCAGCAGGGCUCUCCGCAGGGAGGGGGCCGGCUCUUUCCCUGGCAGCAACAUCCUUGCCCUUGUCACACAAGUCAGCCUCCAUCUGCGCAGCUCUGUGGACGCACUGCUGGAGGGCAACAGGUAUGUCACUGGCUGGUUCAGCCCCUACCACCGCCGGCGGAAGCUCAUCCACCCGGUCAUGGUUCAGCACAUCCAGCCCGCAGCGCUCAGCCUCCUGGCGCAGUGGGGCACCCUCGUGCAGGAGCUGGAGGCUGCCCUGCAGCUGGCUUUCUACCCAGAUGCUGUGGAGGAGUGGCUGGAGGAAAACGUGCACCCUAGCCUGCAGCGGCUGCAAGCUCUCCUGCAGGACCUCAGCAAGGUGUCCAUCCCCCCGCCACCACCCACCAGCCCUGGCAGGGACACUGCUCAGGACCCCUGAGGGGAGAGCUCGUGCCGGGGGCUCCUGCUGUGGGCUGGGGGGCUCUGCGCUGCCAACUGUCGGCCUGGGUAAUAGAGGCCCACGUGGGUGUCGUGCCCUCUGGCCCAGCAGUCUCGCCCACACUCAGUUCCUGAGGGCCCUGGGCACCCCCAGGGGAGAGACUAGAAAACACAGAAGGAAGCAGCACAGGGAGACUCGCUUUGUAAUCUGCACGUGUGACACCGAUUCUUUGGAAAUAAAGAGUGGAAGGUGUGGGUGACACGCGAA